AUGAAGUUUGCAAAACAGCUCGGGCUCCGGAGUAUCCCCAGCUGGGCUCCUUACUACUUGGACUAUAAGUCUCUGAAGCAUUACAUCAAGACCUCGUUCAAAAGUCUUGCUGGGCCAUUAGAGCCACUCGAGAGCGUGGAUCAAGAAGAUCAGGAGCAGCUAUCCAAGGGCGAGACGGAUCAGAAUGUUGAGCACGAGAUCACGAUCAGCAACCCUCCCGGAAGCGCAAAUGCCGCCAUGGAUGCCGACAAGGUCAUUCCUGCCGCUGGAGAUCAGGAGACAACCUUGAUAACUACCACUACCAAUAAGGAGGACGAAGACGGGCAGAAGAAUGGAGUGGCCGGCGCCGAGGACGCAACUAAGGAGGCCAGAGUCAUUGUCAUUGUGGAGGGAUUCAAGGCGCUGCUGUGGGCAGAGCUGGAAAAAGUCAAUGCGCGGUACGAAGCUCAGGAGCGCGUUGCGAGUGUCAACUUGGAGCGACUGCACGCCAGCUGGCGAGCAAACUUUAGUCCCGCUGAGCUGAAGCAAUGGCGAAGCGACCUUACAGUCUUGAUCCUCAAUCUGGAGUAUCUUCUCGAGUUCAGCCAGACCAACAUUACCGGGUUCAAAAAGAUAAUCAAAAAGUUUGACAAGCACUACAGCAGCUAUCAGUCCUCGGGCCAGAUCUCGUCUCCCGCUUCGUCAUUCAACGCCACCGAGCAGGACAACGGCAACCAGGAUGCAGAAAAAGCGAUCACCUACCCUUUGGCGUCCUCGAUCGAAUCGGAUAACCUUAACAUGUUCAGCGCUCUUGGUAUCCAUGGGCGAAGUACGCCUACGAUCUACUUGCCUCGCAAUUAUCCAGAGCCGGCCAAGAGCCUUCAUCCCGACGCACCAUUCAUUCAACAUGUGCACUCGCCCAACACUCAUGCCAAGAGUGUAUUCUACCACCAUUAUUAUGGUGGAAUCUCGGCUGUCAGUCUCGAGUUUUGGAAAAUGGUGACAGAGCGAACGUUUGCCAAGAGCGAGAAGGAUGAACGCCUCCUGACAGAAGCCAGGAUACUCUGGAGAAAACGCACGCCUGUUGUGCCUGAACAUGUCUCGCCACACCUCGAUCUGAAGGACUACCCCGUCUGGGACAAUUUGGACCUAGGGUGCCUUCCUCCAGGGCGACUAACGCGUCUGUGGGUCGUACUUGCAGAGGAUGCAAUGAGCAGCCCUAUUAAAGUGCCCAUCUUGGUUGCCAAGGGUGUUCGUCCUGGACCUGUCGUGGGCUUGACUGCAGCAUUGCACGGAAACGAGUUGAACGGCAUUCCUUUGACGCACCGGCUUGUGCUCCAGGAGAUCCAGUGCCAAGCAUUGCAUGGAAUCGUAGUUGCUGUCCCUGUCGCCAAUGUACCUGGAUAUCUGGCAGGGCAGCGUGGAUUCAGCGAUGGCACAGACCUGAACCGCUUGAUGCCAGGGAUCAUUCGCCACUUUACACACUUGAUCGACCUUCAUACGGCAUCCAAGGGUCGCGUGAAUUCGCUUUAUGUCCGCGCCAACAUGCAGAACACGAUCACGCGCCACAUGGCUCGACUUCAAAAUCCGCAGAUCAUUGUCCACAACACCUCACCUGACGGGUCCCUGCGUGGAGCAGCGAUGCAGGAGUACAAUAUCCCGGCUAUCACAGUCGAGAUUGGAGACCCAUCUCGGUUCCAGAAGCGGUUUGUCAAGAGUGCUAUUCUGGGAGUCACCAACAUUUUGAGCCAUCUCAAGAUGAUUGAGGACGAGCAUGUGGUCCAGGACUAUGAGCCUGUCGUGUGCGCUAAGAGUUACUGGAUCUUCACCAGGGGUGGUGGAAUUCUGAACGUGUUGCCGGAUGUGAACACUUGGGUGCGCAAGGGCGAAUUGAUUGCAACGCUGCACAAUAUCUUUGGCGAGGAGGAGCACCGGUACUUUGCGCCCGAGGAUGGCAUUGUUGUGGGCAAGUCCGUGGACCCGGUCUGCCAGAGCGGUUGUCGCAUCUUGCACCUCGGAGUUGUCAGCGAUCGAUUCCCGGAAGGCAGGAUAGACGACGGACACCAGUAA